AGUUGUCGUGAGCAAUAUGGACGCAAGACCGCGUUGAUGUGGGCAAGGUCUUCAUGGUUGAAUAUUCAUAAAUGUGCGUGGCGUUCUAUCAUUACUUGCCAGUCGCCUUCUUGUCAGUGCCAUCAUGAACGCCAAGUGAAUCUCGCAAAUACCCUAAAAUGAUUGGUUGGACUCACGUUUGUAUCAGUACUCUCAUUAUCCGGCGGUAUGGAAUGGAGAUAUGGCAGCAAAUCUUCGGGUUACAGGCGAAAAGCUGGGUUCCACGACGGCAGCGAGUUUGAGGUGCAAACAUAUUAUGACGACACUGAGACGAUGCGAAUAUUCCGCACAGCCGCUGCAGUUUUAGGUUGGACAUCAAAUUUAGCCACUAAGCUGACAUAA